AUGGACCAAAGGAAACCAUUUGCACCAAAUUCACCACCACCGGCACGUCCACCACCCAAUCCACAGGUGCAACCGUUACCUGCAAUCAAUGCACAACCACCUCCACCAUUGUCGUCCAAAUUACCACCUCAUUUGAUGAAGUUGCCUCCUCAAGUGGCCAAACCACCUGGAAGUGCACCACCACCACAACAACCAACAUCACCGGCACCACCACGUCCAAACUCGUCUGGAAAUGCAAUCCCGACAACGGCUUUGCCACCUCCACCACCUUUGUCUGGAAGUACUGGUAUUGGACAACAACAACCACCACCUGUCAACACAUCAUCGGGGUCUGUACCACCCCAACAUCCUCUCCCACCUAUUGUAAAGAGACCUCCACAACCCCCAUCACAACUACACUCGGGGACACAAACAACUACCAGUGCAAACAAUAUACCAAUACCAAAUAAACCACCUCCACAACGACCAAAUUCGUCUGGCGGCGCAAUACCAAAUACUGCUCUCCCACCUCCACCCAAUCUAUCUGGAAGUACUGGUAUGGGGCCACCACCUUUACAACAACAACAACAGCAGAGACCAAAUUCAUCUGGAAACUCAAUACCAACGACGGCAUUACCACCUCCACCAAUGAUGGUAGGUGUUAGUUUGCCACCUCCACCUCCACCCAUUACAGAUGAUUUGGUAUUACCACCUCCACCAAUGAUGACUCGUCCUCCACCACCAACUACAAGAGAGUCACUUCCACCACAUCUAUCUUCACUCCCACCAACCAUCCUUCCUCCACCACCUAGCAUGUUUACUCCACCUCCUCCUCUUUCCAAUCCACCUCCAUCCCUAUCAACUCCACCUCCCCUUUCAUCACCUCCACCACCCCUAUCUACUCCACCACCCAUUCAUCAGACACCAAAACCUCCACUUCCAACUCACCAAUCCAAAGAAUCAUUGUCAGAAUUUAUUAAUCCAUCAACACAAUUUAGAAAUAGUACUGAAUCUUCACAAUUUAGAAAUAGUACCGAUGCUCUCACUCCACUAUCAUCAGAUAAUUUUCCAGAAAUUUCUUCUCAAGCAAGAAUUGCAGAAGAAAAUUUUAAUUAUUUAAAAGAUAUUUAUAACAAGAUUACAAAAAGAUCACAAUCAAGUGUAUCAUGUGUUAGAGAAGGUAAUAGUUUGGCAGAAGCAUUUAAAAAUUAUGGUACCAUGUUGAUAGCUCAAUCGGAUAAUACAUUGGGACAAUGUAUGUUUAAGAUUGGUGAUUUCCAAAGAGACUAUGAAUCAUUUAGAAACAAGGUAGACAAUCAAGCAUUGAGUGGAGUAAGAGGAACGGUUGAUCAAUACGUCAAUCGUGAUAUGAAGGUGGUUCGUGCAAACAAGAAAAAUUAUGACAAGAUUCGUACCAUGUACGACUCGGUUGAAGCCAAGGUCGUAGCCAAUGCAUCUAAAGGAAAGGGUGUCAAUUUGGUCAAACAAGCCGAAUUGCAGCAAGAACGUGACUUUUUACGUCACCGUGUGGCUACUGUCGGCGCAGAGUCUGACAGCACCAUUCGUUUGGCAUCAGAGAGUAAUGCUGUCGAGUUGAUGGAGCAAAUUGUAGAAUAUGUGGAGAACGUCCAGUUGGCAGUACAAGAGCUAAACAAGCAAAUCGAAGCGAUUCAACCAUCUUAUCAAGUCUAUAAAAAAGAGUCACAACGUCGUCGUCAAGAUUUGGAAAACAAAAUUGAAGUACAAAAAAGUCAACAACUCCAACAACAACAACAACAACAAACAUCAGUUAAUAUCUUUUCAAAUGAUAGUAGUGGUAAUAAUAAUAAUAACAGUAGUGGUAAUUUAUCAACAUCAAAGGGAAGUGGACCAAAGAUGAUUGGAGUACCAAAGGCAGAGAGAGAUGUACCUGGAGAAGACCCAAGAAAGAGUCGUAUAAGACGUUUGGUGUCAUCGGAGCACGACACGAGUAUCAUUGCAAGCACAGGUCCAAACAACGCAGUCACCUACUGCUUUGAAUCGAAACAGCAAAAGGAAGAGUGGUGGAGUGUGCUCAGCAAAUACAUCUCCAAAGCCAACCAAAACAAACUGUUUGCCAUCGCACUCGAACAUUUGUACCAGCGUCCAACCGAAGUUGGUCGUCCAGUACCAUCAUUCUUGCAGCGUAUUGUUGACCAUCUCUUUGAGAGUGGGUAUAAUGAAGAAGGUAUUUUCCGUCUAUCAGCCAACCAACGUGUACUCGAUGCAUCGAAAGAAGAGAUAGAGACUGGUAUUGAACUCGAUUAUUCAGAACUCGAUACACAUGUCGUAGCAUGUUUGCUCAAGUUGUGGGUACGUAAUUUACCCGAACCAUUGCUCACUUGGAAGGCGUUUGAUGCGUUUGUCGCCGUCGCAGACCUUGACUCUAAACAACAACGUUUCCAAACUAUCAAGCAGCUGGUUGACAGAUUACCACUCGAGAAUCGUUUCUGUAUGUACUAUUUGAUGCGUCUACUGACCAAGGUUGCCGACAACUCUGCCACCAACAAGAUGACCCCCAACAACAUAUCAAUUGUCUUUGCCACACUACUCCUCAAGAAAAAGGAUGCUUCUCCACUCGACUGCACGUCAUUCAACACGAUCUUUGGUGUUGUCGAAUGUUUCAUGACUGGAUUCACCUAUAUCUUUUCCGAUGUUGAAAAGCAAUUCAACGAUUAUCAAGAACAACAAUUACACCUUAAACGCAAGUCUGUCAUGGUUAUGAAACCACUUCCACAAGCACCUGGUAUUGGUCAGGGUCCAUCAGCACCAGACAUGGCUACACUCCACAUCAAGAAUAAUAGUCCGACUGGUGGCUAUGGCGGUUCCAUCUCAACUGCCAAACCCAUCGUCAAACACCAACCUACCAGCGACAGCGAGGGUGAAGAAGACGACGAUGACGAAGGAGGAUUCCCAUUUAGUGCCAAUAUUUCCAAACAGGCAUCUAUCACUAUCCAACUCGGUGAGAUUGUCAAACAAGGAUAUCUCACCAAAAAGGGUGCUAUGAGAAGAAACUGGACCAAGCGUUGGUUCGUUCUCAAACAAAACUAUCUCUUUUAUUUCAAAACAUCACGGGACAAGAAGCCAAAGGGUAUCAUCCAAUUGGUCAAUGUCGGAGCGGUCAAAUCAUUCUAUAAACCAAAUUGUAUGGCCAUCAAAUCACUCGUCGACCGUGAGGAACGUGAAUUCCUCAUCUGUGCAACCAGUGCUUCCGAAUUGGAAGAAUGGAUUAAAGCUAUUUCAAAUUGUUGUGAAAAGAAUUAA